UGAUAUUUGGGAAUAUACGAAGAUUCAUUGAAGGCAACGGACACAUAAAACUGCAGUGCCUGACCCGACGCAGGCCGGUACUAAGUUUCUGCAGGGGUCUGGGUCUGGAUUUCUUUGGGAAGGUGGUUGAAUGUAUGGUUCGACUCUGUAACUGGGAACACAUAAACUAAGAAGAGAGAAGCCGCCGUCCGUUCUCUUCGUCCCUUCUUUUUCUCCCCCAAAAGCCCUGCAUGUCUAACAUUUAGACAUGUUCAGCUUGGUGGAUUCGAGGACUGUAUUGCUACUUGUAGCAACACAAUGCGUUCUAUUAGCCGUUGUUAAAUGUCAGGACGAAGACCUGUCAGAGGAUGUAGGCAGCUGUAUUCAGGACGGACAGAGCUAUAGCGACAAGGACGUGUGGAAACCAGAGCCGUGCCGCAUUUGCGUGUGCGACACAGGAACUGUCCUGUGCGACGAAAUAAUCUGCGAGGAGCUUAAAGACUGCCCCAAACCAGAAAUCCCUUUCGGAGAGUGUUGCCCCAUCUGCGUGCGAGAAGGGGAAGCUCCCUCAAGCGGGUCACCUGGAGCUAAGGGUCAGAAAGGUGAACCAGGAGACAUCACAGAUGUUGUUGGACCAAGAGGACCAGGAGGCCCCAUGGGCCCCCCAGGAGAGCAGGGACCACGCGGGCCCAGAGGAGAUAAAGGAGACAAGGGCAGCCCCGGACCCCGAGGCAGGGAUGGCGAGCCCGGUACCCCCGGUAACCCCGGACCCCCAGGACCCCCAGGACCCAAUGGGCCCCCCGGCCUUGGAGGAAACUUUGCUGCUCAGAUGGCGGGAGGAUUCGACGAAAAGUCUGGCGGUGCACAGAUGGGCGUGAUGCAAGGACCAAUGGGACCCAUGGGUCCUCGUGGACCCCCUGGCCCCUCUGGAGCUCCUGGUCCACAAGGUUUCCAAGGCAACCCUGGAGAGGCUGGGGAGCCCGGAUCAGCUGGCCCCCUGGGUCCCCGCGGCCCCCCUGGACCCUCUGGCAAACCUGGAGAUGAUGGUGAGGCUGGCAAACCCGGAAAAUCUGGUGAGCGUGGACCUGCUGGCCCCCAGGGGGCUCGUGGAUUCCCAGGAACUCCUGGUCUGCCCGGAAUCAAGGGACACAGAGGGUAUCCAGGUCUGGAUGGAUCCAAGGGGGAGGGCGGGGCAGCUGGUGCUAAGGGAGAGUCUGGCGCUCCCGGGGAGAAUGGCGCUCCUGGACCAAUGGGACCUCGUGGCCUGCCCGGUGAGAGAGGUCGUCCUGGGCCCUCUGGUGCUGCUGGUGCCCGCGGUAACGAUGGUUUGCCUGGACCUGCCGGACCUCCUGGCCCGGUUGGCCCUGCUGGUGCUCCAGGCUUCCCCGGCUCUCCAGGUUCCAAGGGAGAAGCUGGCCCUACUGGUGCUCGCGGACCUGAGGGCGCACAAGGACCCCGCGGAGAGUCAGGAACCCCCGGAUCUCCUGGACCUGCUGGCGCAUCUGGUAAUCCUGGUACUGAUGGCAUUGGUGGAGCUAAAGGAUCAGCUGGUGCCCCUGGUAUUGCUGGCGCCCCUGGUUUCCCCGGACCCCGUGGCCCUCCCGGACCUCAGGGAGCCACUGGACCUCUAGGACCCAAGGGAACAUCUGGUGACCCUGGUAUCCCAGGGUUCAAGGGUGAGGCUGGACCCAAGGGAGAGAUUGGGCCUGCUGGGCCCCAGGGAGCUCUUGGCCCUGCAGGAGAGGAGGGAAAGAGGGGACCUAGAGGAGAGCCCGGUGCUGCUGGACCUCUUGGACCACCCGGAGAGAGAGGCGCCCCUGGCAACCGUGGUUUUCCAGGUCAGGAUGGUCUGGCCGGUCCCAAGGGAGCCCCUGGCGAGCGUGGGGUUGGAGGUGUGUCUGGCCCUAAGGGAGCUGGCGGAGAUCCUGGGCGGCCUGGCGAGCCCGGUCUUCCUGGAGCCAGAGGUCUCACUGGUCGCCCAGGGGAUGCAGGUCCUCAAGGCAAAGUUGGACCUGGUGGUGCUGCUGGUGAGGACGGUCGUCCCGGACCCCCUGGGCCAAUGGGAGCCCGUGGUCAGCCCGGUGUCAUGGGAUUCCCGGGGCCCAAGGGAGCCAAUGGUGAGCCUGGGAAAGGAGGAGAGAAGGGACUCCUUGGUGCCCCAGGUCUGAGAGGUCUUCCAGGAAAGGAUGGUGAGACUGGAGCAGCUGGUCCUCCCGGCCCUGCUGGCCCAGCUGGAGAGAGAGGUGAGCAGGGACAACCUGGACCCUCUGGCUUCCAGGGUCUGCCAGGACCUCCCGGCCCCCCUGGCGAGGGGGGAAAGCCUGGUGACAUGGGAGUUCCCGGAGAGGGUGGAGCCGCUGGCGCCACUGGGCCAAGAGGCGAGCGCGGCUUCCCCGGGGAGAGAGGAGGCGCUGGGCCUCAGGGUCUGCAGGGACCCCGUGGACUGCCCGGGACCCCCGGAACAGACGGACCCAAGGGAGCGAUCGGACCUGGUGGUGCUACAGGUGCCCAGGGACCCCCUGGUCUGCAGGGUAUGCCCGGAGAGAGAGGAGCCUCAGGGAUCCCUGGACCUAAGGGAGACAGAGGUGACAACGGUGAGAAAGGACCCGAGGGGGCUUCUGGCAAAGACGGAUCGAGAGGUUUGACUGGUCCAAUUGGUCCUCCUGGCCCAGCUGGUCCCAAUGGAGAGAAGGGUGAAUCUGGUCCCUCUGGACCUUCUGGUGCUGCCGGUGCCCGUGGUGCUCCUGGUGACAGGGGUGAGACUGGACCUCCUGGACCUGCUGGCUUCGCUGGGCCUCCAGGUGCUGAUGGUCAGCCUGGAGCCAAGGGAGAGCAAGGAGAAGGAGGACAGAAAGGAGACGCCGGUGCCCCCGGACCCCAGGGACCCUCUGGAGCCCCUGGACCUUCUGGACCGACGGGUGUUUCCGGACCUAAAGGUGCUCGCGGUGCUCAGGGACCCCCUGGUGCUACUGGUUUCCCUGGUGCUGCUGGUAGAGUGGGGCCCCCAGGUCCCAAUGGUAACCCUGGUGCUGCUGGACCCGCCGGGCCUGCUGGGAAAGACGGUCCUAAGGGAGUCCGUGGAGACGGUGGACCUCCAGGCAGACAGGGAGACGCUGGGCUUCGUGGAUCCGCGGGAGCACCUGGCGAGAAGGGAGAUGCUGGAGAGGAUGGUCCCCCUGGUCCUGGCGGCCCCCCUGGUCCUUCAGGUUUGGCUGGGCAGCGUGGCAUUGUGGGUCUCCCUGGGCAGCGUGGAGAAAGAGGUUUCCCUGGCCUGCCUGGACCCUCUGGUGAGCCCGGAAAGCAAGGAGCCCCAGGUGGGAGCGGAGACCGUGGACCUCCCGGCCCCGUCGGACCUCCAGGCCUGACAGGACCUGCUGGGGAGCCUGGUAGAGAGGGCAACGCCGGUUCCGAUGGACCUCCGGGUAGAGAUGGAGCAACCGGAGUCAAGGGCGACCGCGGUAACACCGGUCCUGUCGGAGCUCCCGGCGCCCCCGGUACUACAGGCGCGCCAGGUCCCGUCGGCCCCACCGGCAAGCAGGGAGACAGGGGAGAGUCUGGUGCCCAAGGACCUGCGGGGCCUGCCGGGCCUGCUGGAGCCAGAGGAAUGGCUGGACCCCAGGGACCCCGUGGAGACAAGGGUGAGACCGGGGAGGCCGGAGAGAGAGGACAGAAAGGACACAGAGGAUUCACUGGUCUGCAGGGUCUGCCUGGACCUCCUGGUCAAGCUGGGGACCAGGGUGCAUCUGGACCUGCUGGACCAAGUGGAUCAAGAGGACCACCCGGACCCGUCGGUCCAUCCGGAAAAGACGGUUCUAACGGUAUGCCCGGCCCCAUUGGACCCCCCGGACCUCGAGGACGCUCUGGAGAGACUGGUCCCGCUGGUCCCCCUGGAAACUCUGGACCCCCCGGCCCCCCUGGUCCUCCUGGCCCUGGGAUCGACAUGUCUGCGUUCUCUGGCAUGACCCAGAUCGAGAAGUCCCCCGAUCCCCUGAGGUACAUGAGGGCCGACCAGGCCUCUGGAAACCUCAGGACACAUGAUGCGGAGGUGGACGCCACCCUCAAGUCCCUCAACAGCCAGAUCGAGAACAUCCGCUCCCCCGAGGGUUCCAAGAAGAACCCUGCGCGUACCUGCAGGGACCUGAAGCUGUGCCACCCCGACUGGAAGAGCGGAGAGUACUGGAUCGACCCUAACCAGGGAUGCAGCAUUGAUGCCAUCAAGGUGUACUGCAACAUGGAGACCGGCGAGUCCUGUGUCCAUCCCAAGCCCGCCAGCAUCCCCAAGAAGAGCUGGUGGUCCAGCAAGAGCAAGGCCGCCAAACACGUCUGGUUCGGAGAGACCAUGAGCGGAGGCUUCCACUUCAGCUACGGAGAUGACAGCCUGGCUGCCAACACGGCCAGCAUCCAGAUGACCUUCCUGCGCCUCCUGUCCACCGAGGCCAGCCAGAGCCUCACCUACCACUGCAAGAACAGCGUGGCCUACAUGGACGCUGCCACCGGCAACCUGAAGAAGGCCCUGCUCCUCCAGGGCUCCAACGACGUGGAGAUCAGAGCCGAGGGCAACAGCCGCUUCACCUACAGCGUCGUUGAGGACGGCUGCACGAAACACACAGGAGACUGGGGCAAGACGGUGAUCGAGUACCGGUCACAGAAGACCAGCCGCCUGCCCGUUGUAGACAUUGCCCCCAUGGAUAUUGGAGGAGCAGACCAGGAGUUUGGAGUCGAUGUUGGCCCAGUCUGCUUCUUGUAAACAAAGGGGGAUGAAAAAGAAGGAAAGCGGAGUAAAAAUAAAAAUAUAGAUGAGAGAAACACACACUUCUAUCAAAAAAAAUGAAAGAGAGAAAGAUCAAGACACUUUUUAAAAAAAAAAAAAAUAACUGGACUUUUUUCUAAGUAAAAAGUGAUUUUUCCAACUAAGUCGUACUCCUAGGAUGUCUGCACUGAAUGACACCGGCAACAAUCAUCUGUGAUCUCAUCUGUGAUCUCAUCGCCUUCCAGUCUCCCUCCAUCAGACCCUCCUGACACGGAGCCCUCCCUCCCUCCCUCCACCCCCCCCACCCCCCCCUGUUUCUUCCACCCCCACCCUGAGAGAACCUCCCCGCUAACAAGAAGACACGAGGGAAGAGGAGGAGGAAGGAGAGGAGGAGGGAGGAGAGGAGGAGGUGGCAGGCCAGAGCAUGAAAGAAAGAUGGCGGAGUUGGUGUUAUUUAUUUAUUGUUACGGUGUGGGUCCCAGGUGUGUAAGGACUGUGUGUGUUACCUUGCUAAAAGGCCCCACGCACAACAACAUACAUUAUAUCAGUUCCCCCCUCCCCUGUUUCCUCCAUUCCAUACCUACUGUCACCCCAAGCCCAUCCCAAACGUUGUAUGAAAUCGAAACCAAAUGUCUAGCUGUUUAAUAAGUCCAGGUGUUCCUACUUCUGCCACCAAACCAGCGUGUUUCAGAAGGUUUCUGUGUAUUAUAAUAAAGUCAAAUGGUGCUAUUGUUGUAAAACAAGUCUGUGUUUUUUAAUGACCAGAAAAUGCUAUGUUGGUGAUGUAUAUAAUGUAUAUGUAUGUGUGUGUAUACAUAUAUAUAUAUAUUUAUAUACAGUUGUCAGAGAUGGCAUUUCACACUGAAAUUAUAUUUCAGAGUGGUAAAUGUCGCUGCCCCGUAUCUCCCCAAAUCCAAACGUCCUUCUUCGAUGUCCAAGGAAACAGAAAAGCAUGUUCAUUGUUUUUAAGAGACAUGUUCAAUUUGGAAUCAAUCCCAGCUUUAAAGUUUUUUUGGUUUGUUUUUGUUUUCUUUUGUUUUUAUUAUAAUAUUUUAAGCUACCUCAAGCAACAAAAAAAAGAAACAGCAAGUAAUGACCUGUAACCCCCCCCAAGGUGCCCUUUGACCCUUACCUAUCCCACUCCACUUCCUCCCAUAAGCCCAACUGUCCCCUCACACAGGAAGUGCCCUCUGCCCUGGCAGGAAGUACCCCUGCUCAGGUUGUGUGCCCUAUGAACAGGACAUGUCCCUCAGGAGGAAUGGAGCGGGGCUGUUAGACUUGGUUGAAUUCCUUCUCACAGGCAGACCCGAGAGAGUGAUGUCACUAUUAGACCAUCCAUCACUCCUUGAACACAGGGGGGUCCUGACUAUAUGACAGGGGCAGGGCGUGCGUUCAUUUGUGAGGGUGUGUAUAUUUUUUUUAUUAUUAAUAAUAAUAUUAUUAUUAUUGUUAAUAAUAAUGGCAUUAUUAUUAAAUAUGAUG